AUGAGUAAAGCCAUUAAUAAAAUCCCGAAAAGGGGCGAAAUACAAAGUUCUGAAAGAAAAAGUAUUCCCUAUCGAGGGGAAAUUUGGUUAAUAGAUUACAACUAUAAGCCGAAAAAGGGUAAAGAGAAAGAGUUAGAAAUAGCAAGCAAGAUUAAGAAAAUUAGACCCUCGCUGAUAGUUAGCAAUAAUCCGCAGAAUGAGUUUGACAUAGAAAUAAUUGUGGCUCCGUUGAGUAGUAAGAAAUUAGAAAGAAUAGAACCUUAUGAAAUCCUUAUUAAGAAAAAUGAAGAAAACGGCUUGGAUGAGGAUAGCAAGAUUUUAUUUAACCGCUUACGAGCCAUUGAAAAAGAAGAUCGUCUGGGAGAUUAUAUUGGAGUAUUAGACCAAGAGUUUAUGAAAGAAGUCAAAAAAAAGUUGAAAUUGGCUGAGGGAUUAAAAUCGAGAAAAAUCCGCUUAAAUGCGUUGAAUUUAAAAACGCAAUUCACCAAAAAAUAUAGUGGCUUGAAUAAUUUGGAGCGAAGAACCGCCACUGAGUUAGAUAAUUUAGUUGAAAUAGAUGACUGGUGUCGUAAUCCUACUCAUUAUGGGUAUGGCAUUGAAUUAAUUGAUGAAGUAGGGUUAACCCAAACUUUUUCCGGAUUUUCUGUUUUGAGUGGGGGAGAUAGUAGUUUGUUUAGAAGUGACUGGAGAGUUUUUAGAAAAAGAUAA